CACGAAUCUGUCCGUCUCUCUGUCGCAUAGCACCGCCGGGCAUUCUGGUUUUCUUCACUGGCUAGAAAGUAGUGAUCUUGGUCAUGCGCGACCAGCAUGUGAUUUGUGAGCUGAUCCGGACUGCAGGUGAUUGACCAUCUCAUCGCCGCUUGACCUCGAACCCUACUUAGCGAGUCUUUGGAUACAGCCGGUCUUGUCUUUUGACAUGUAUUAGGAAUUUCCCGCGAUGAUCCUGCGAUACAAACGCUGAGUGAGACAUGUUUACCGUUUUCCUUUUCCAGCGGAUCAAUUGAUAAGCCGAUACCGAUGGAAGAACGUCAUCUUGAGGAUGGCAACUAAUAAGUAGCACUAAACGUCCAUCAGCCUCAACUCUUACAAUCAAGACUUCGGCCCACGGCGAGAGAUGCUUCGGACAAGCUUUCUCCGGGCCAUUCGCCCUCAAAAUGCCUUCAUACGCGCCCCAAAACAACGAGGCUUCGCGACCGAGCCACCACCACCACCACCAAACAUCCAGGCGCGCAUUGAGCGCGUCAAUCGCCGACUACCCAGAUUUCUCCACAAAUACACCAAAGCGCUUGGCUCAGCGCCCGUCUCUCACAUCACCGCCUUCCUCGUUCUCCACGAGCUUACUGCCAUUGUGCCUCUCUUCGGUCUCGCAGCAACAUUUCAUUACACACAUUGGCUGCCACCAUGGUUCACAGAAGGCGCAUGGGCGUUAGAGGGCGUCGAGCGCUUUGGAAAAUACUUUAAGAGAAAGGGUUGGGUUAGGGGCGACGAAGCCAGGGAGGCAGAAUUCGAGGUGGAGAUGCGCACAAGGGACCACGCCUGGCACAUCGGAGAGGGCGGCGUGAGGUUGAUUGUGGAAUUUGCAACGGCAUACACCAUCACAAAGAUCCUGCUGCCAGUGAGAAUAUUGGCGAGUGUUUGGGCGACUCCGUGGUUUGCGAGAAGGACCAUGGUGCCGUUGCUAGCCAAGUGCAAGGGACUCUUUCGAAAAGGAAAGGCUUCGGAGGCGGGUGCGAUACCUAAGAGUGGUGGAAAGGGGCCUGGGUCGUAACACCUCCCAAUUUCGAUGUACUGCUCAGAGUUGCCACUGCACGAGCAAGUUUGCAAGCCGUAUGUACAACAUGUAGGGACAGCGAUGCCCAAGUCUCUGUGACUAGUUCAUAUACCCGUGCAUUGGCUUAUGUUAUAGUCAGCGU